AUGAAAUAAAAGUAAUUAACAACUAAAAAGUCAGACAUUGACCUUGGCAAUAAAGAUCAGUUAAAUUAGAUAAUUGAAAUUCUCUAAAAAGAUUAGAGUAUAAAAACGAAUUAAGAGGUUGACAUAACAAGGAAGGCUUUUAUCUCAUUAAAAUUUUUCUAAGAUUUAGAGUAACAGAUGGGUCAAGAGAUGGUGAGCAACUUAUAUCGACAACUAUCACAUGAGACGAUUAAGGCUAGAUAGGUUGUGUUCAAUAUAGGUGAUAUUGGAAAGAAGUUUUAUAUAAUACUUUCUGGAAGUGCUUGGGUUCUGAUACAGAAAAAGGGACUCCAAGAUGGUAAUUAGAUAGGAGAAGAAGAGAAAAAGAAUGAGGAAAGCCUAAGGAGGUAGAAUACAAGAAAGGCGACAUUGAAACAUUAGCAAAGUAUGAUGAAAUCUAAGAAGUUCAAAAAGUAAGCCACUUUUUUCACUGAAACGAAUUAAGUACUUAUGGACGAAGUUUAUGCAAAGAUGACAGACGCAGAAUUUAUUGAGUGUCAAUUUCCUACACUCUAAAAAGUAGGUCAAAUGAAAGCAGGAGAUAGUUUUGGAGAGAUAGCAUUAACUAAAUAAGUACCAAGAACGGCUACGAUUGUGGCAGCAGAAGAUACAAAUUUUGCAACAGUAUCUAGAGAACAAUUUAAUAAAUUAUUAUCAUCAUAUUAUGAGUAUAUCCAAUAAUAAAAUGUUGCUUUUUUAUAGAAAGUACCUGCAUUUGCAGAAUGGAACGAGUAAAUGUUAAAUUAAAUUUAUUAUCAUUUUACUUUUGAAGAUUAUAAAAUGUUUGAUGUAAUAUAUAAAGAAAAUUAGCCUUCAAACAAAAUAUACAUUGUUAAAAAUGGGGAGAUAGAGAUAUCCUAAAAUAUAGAAGUGGGCACUUUGGUAACAGAAAAUAAUUUAACAAUUUAAAGAUUUUUUAAGAAAAAUGAUAAGAAAUACGAAAGAGUCAGAACAGGAGUGAUCACUUCUGGAUUAAUAUUUGGUCAUGAGGAAGUUAUUAAGGAUGUGGUAAGAGAACAUAGAGCAGUUUGUUUAAGUUUAAAAGCAUAAGUAUUUUCAUUGGAUAAGGAUAGAUUUUUAUAAUUUUUCAAAAAAGGAGACGCCAUCUAAAAAUUAAUUAAAAUUGAUCAAACUAAUCAUUCUCGAAAGUCCAAAAGUGUUUCAAUAAUAAAGGAUCUUAAAUCCUUUUCCCCGCCAAUUCAAUUUAGAGAAAUUCCAUUCUUAGAAGAGGACGAUAAGAUUUCUGAUUUUGUGAUUAAAAAAGCUAAGAAUGCUGUAGAUAGAGUUGGAAAUGAGCCAAAACGCAGUGGAUAUGAAUUUCUGUAAGGCAAGGGUCACAUAAAUAAAGCACAUUAUAAUUUUAAGAAGAACUAUGAUACUUUGAAGAGAAAUUUGAAAUACAGUGAACCUUUGAACAUAAAUACAGGACUAUUUGAGUUGGAUACAAACAAAGGGACUGCGAUAAGUAUUAUGAAUAAAGUGUUUCCAAGUGCAAGUCGUCCUAAAUACGAAAUACCCAAUUACUCAAUGAGUCCUAGGACUGUGAUUAAAUCAUUAAAAUUGCCAAAAUUACUAAAUGAAGUAGAUGUAUUGUUGUUUUCAAAUAAAGAAUCAAUGAUCUCAAAUUCAACAACGUAUAAAUAGUAGGCAGCAAUAAAAGAUGACGAGUGA